AAAACAAAACAACAAGAAAAAACAGAAAAACCGAAAGGGAUCACCGGAAAGGGACCCAAAAGCCGACAAACUAGGAAGGGUCAUUGGAGGAGGGAGCACAGGGCUGCUCCAACAUGCUUGAGCGGCCGGGAAGCCCGGCGGCUCAAACAUCAAAACCUCGGAAGCUCAAAGGCUUCCGAGCAAAACCAACGCAGCGCCGGAGAAGGGGGGCAGAAGCAGGAGAGAAGGGAGAGAAAAGGGGGAUGGCUUCGAAGUUUUUGAAUCCACGUCCACUCCAUCUCCACCCUAUUUUCCUUUUUUUAUUCGAAUUUCUUCCCAUGGAAGAAGCAGUGCCGCUGCAAUCCGCCGAACAGCUCUGGUAUCCAAUCCUCCUUCACCGCCUUCCGACUAUUAUCUCAGCAAACAACAAAUCAUCGACUUGUUCCAAAACUGCAUUAAACUCGCCAGCGAAAAUGUCUGCUUCCUUUGGUCUUCUACAGAAAUGUUAAGUAAAUGCUUUAUCUGUGCUUGGAAAUUCAAUUGAUUAUUGCUAUUGUUGGAUACAUUUUUUAGAAAAUAAACAAGAGGAAUUCUUGGGAGUUGAAGCUUAUUGAUCAUCUUAGUGAUAUUAUCAAAGUUGAUGCUGCUGAAGGCGAUUCACAGACUAAUUUCCAAAGGGUAUGAACAACUUUUAUGAAACCAUAUAAAAUGGCUAUGCUAAA